AUGGGCGAGGGCGGGCUGCCCCCGGCCUUCCAGCUGUUGCUGCGCGCCUGCGACCAGGGCGACACGGAGACGGCGCGGCGGCUGCUGGAGCCGGGGGCGGCGGGACCGGCGGAGCGCAGCGCGGAGUCCGAGCUGGGCGCGGAGCCGGCGGGGGCCGAGGCGACUGGGCCCGGGGCGGCGGCGGCGGCGGCGGCGGCCGGGGCGCCAGUGCCGGUGGACUGCUCGGACGAGGCGGGCAACACGGCGCUGCAGUUCGCCGCGGCGGGGGGCCACGAGCUGCUCGUGCGCUUCCUGCUGCGCCGUGGCGCCUCGGUCAACAGCCGCAACCACUACGGCUGGAGCGCACUCAUGCAGGCGGCCAGGUUUGGGCACGUGAGCGUGGCACACCUCCUCUUGGAUCAUGGGGCCGACGUUAAUGCCCAGAACCGAUUGGGGGCCAGCGUGCUCACGGUGGCUUCUCGGGGUGGCCACCUGGGCGUGGUGAAGCUGCUCCUGGAAGCUGGUGCCUUUGUGGACCCCUCUGGUGAGCAGCUGAGGACAGGGGGCAGCAGGGAUGAGCUGUUGGACAUCACAGCCCUGAUGGCUGCCAUCCAGCAUGGGCACGAGGCCGUGGUGCGUCUGCUGAUGGAGUGGGGGGCAGACCCCAACCGUGUGGCCCGGACUGUGGGCUGGAGCCCACUGAUGCUGGCGGCGCUUGGUGGGAAGCUUAGCGUGGUCCAGCAGCUCGUGGAGAAAGGGGCCAACCUGGACCACCUCAGCGUGCUGGAGAAGACUGCCUUCGAGAUUGCACUGGACCGCAAACACAGGGACCUUGCAGACUAUCUGGACCCACUGACUACCGUCAGGCCCAAGACAGAUGAAGAGAAAAGACGACCUGAUAUUUUCCAUGCAUUGAAAAUGGGAAACUUCCAGUUGGUCAAGGAGAUUGCUGACGAAGACCCCAAUCACGUGAACAUGGUCAACGGGGACGGGGCGACCCCUCUCAUGCUGGCAGCCGUCAUGGGGCAGCUGCCUCUGGUGCAGUUGCUGGUGGAGAGGCACGCCGACGUGGACAAGCAGGAUAGUGCGCAUGGCUGGACCGCCCUCAUGCAGGCUACCUACCAUGGGAAUAAAGAAAUUGUCAAAUAUCUGCUAAACCAAGGUGCUGAUGUCACUCUUCGUGCAAAGAAUGGAUACACAGCCUUUGACCUAGUGAUGCUGCUGAAUGAUCCUGACACGGAACUUGUUCGACUGCUGGCAUCUGUCUGCAUGCAGGUGAAUAAAGACAAAGGCCGGCCCACGCACCAGCCACCUCUGCCCCACUCAAAGGCCAGACAGCCCUGGAACAUCCCAGUGUUGCCCGAUGACAAGGGUGGACUUAAGUCAUGGUGGAAUCGCAUGUCCAAUCGGUUCCGGAAGCUGAAGCUGAUGCAGACACUGCCCCGUGGGCUGUCCAGCAACCAGCCUUUCCCUUUCUGUGAUGACCCUGAGCCGGCGCUGGACUCUACCAUGAGAGCGGCCCCCCAUGACAAGAGUAGUCGCUCUGGGUUCCCCCACGUGGCCCCCACCACCAAAGGCAAUGGUCCUGGGAGCACAAGAGGAGAAAAGGAAGAUGCAUUAUUGACAACCAUGCUUCGAAAUGGAGCCCCCUACACCAGACUCCCAAGCGACAAGCUGAAGGCAGUCAUCCCCCCUUUCUUGCCCCCUUCCAGUUUUGAGCUGUGGAGCUCUGAUCGAUCCCGGACAUGUCACAACAGGAAGGCUGACCCCACGAAGACUGUGCUGCCCCACAGAGUCAGCAGGGGCCACACCAUGGGCAGCGGCAACACGGACACUGCUCCCAUCAGGCCCGUUAAAUUCCCAACUCUCUCCAGGAGCCCAGCAUCUCCCACCAAUUCUGGAAACUUCAACCACUCGCCUCAUUCCUCCGGCGGCUCCAGUGGGGUGGGGGGUGUUAGCAGACAUGGUGGGGAGCUGCAUAACCGCUCAGGUGGCAGCAUAGAUAGUGUCUUGUCCCAAAUCGCCGCCCAGAGGAAAAAAGCAGCUGGAUUAUCGGAGCAGAAGCCCAGCCAGCGGUCAAGCCCUGUUGGGCCGGCGCCGGGGUCCAGCCCAUCAGAGCCCCCAGUCUCCCCUGCAGGGGGCAGCACUCCUGGUGGCAAGCAGAAACUAGAGACAAGCAAAAGGCCUCAGUCUGGAACAUCGACUACCUCCAAAAGCACCUCCCCCACCCUCACACCCUCCCCUUCACCCAAAGGGCACACUGCCGAGUCCUCGGUGUCCUCCUCCUCAUCCCAUCAGCAGUCCAAGAGCAGCGGGGGCUCCAGCAGUGGCACUAUCACGGACGAGGAUGAGCUGACUGGAAUCCUUAGGAAAUUAUCACUUGAGAAAUACCAGCCCAUUUUUGAGGAGCAAGAGGUGGAUAUGGAAGCGUUCCUCACGCUCACCGACGGUGAUCUGAAGGAGCUGGGCAUCAAGACAGAUGGAUCCAGGCAGCAGAUUUUGGCAGCGAUUUCUGAAUUGAACGCAGGCAAGGGACGAGAGAGACAAAUUUUACAGGAAACCAUUCACAACUUCCACUCUUCCUUUGAGAGCAGUGCCAGCAACACCAGAGCCCCUGGAAACAAUCCCUGUGUGUGAUCCUCCUUCCCAUGGUCACCAGAGUGAGCUUUCUGAAUCCCGCUUACAACCCUGUCUCUCCUCUGCUUAAAAUCCUGCGAUGAUCCACGCUGCCCCUGGGUUAUCUACUUUCGGGUCUUUGCUGUGGUAUUUGAAGCACCUCAUGAUGGGCAUGUCUUAGUUAUCUAGUGCUGCUAUAACAGAAAUACCACAAGUGGGUGGCCUUAACAAUAGAAAUUUAUUUUCUCACAGUUUAGGGGUCUAAAAGCCUGAAUUAGAGCACCAGCUCUAUGGGAAGGCGUUCUUGCUGUCAGCUCUGGGGGGAAGGCUCUCAUCUCUUCAGCUUCUGUUUCUUGGUUCCAUGGAGAUCUCCAUGUGGCUUGGCAUCUGUCUUCCCCCAUCUCUGCUUGCUUGCUUUCAUAUCUCAUUUAAAAGAGAUUGAUUUAAGAGAUUUUUUUUUUUUUACAAUAAUAGUGCCACAUUAAAAUAACAAAGAAAACCCUUUCCAAAUGGAAUUAUAACCACAGGUAUAGGGGUUAGAAUUUAGAACACAUAUUUUGGGGGACACAUUUCAACCCGUAACACCAUUCCUGUUGCAUUAGUGCAUAUGUUUGUAGCUCAAACAAACUCCAACACGGUGAAGGUUUAUUCUCACUUAAUAGUCCAGUAUGGGUGCUCCUGGUUGGCCAGUGGCUCGACACAGCGAUUCAGGCACCCGGCUCCUUUAUUUUGUGUCUCUGCCAUCCCAGGAGGACUCAGAGUCUUUGCUUCUGACUGGCAGAAGGGGAAAGGGACUGUGGAGAAGACACAGUUAAACCAGUUGCCAUCGAGCCAACUCCAACGUACAGCAAUCCCGUAUGUGUCAGAGUAGAACUGUGCUCCAUAGGGUUUUCAUUGGCUGAUUUUUUCAAAGUAGAUUGCCAGGUGUUUCUUUCUGGCCUGUCUUAGUCUGGAUGCUGAAACCUGUGUAGUAUCAUGGCAACGUGCCACCCUUCACUGACAGACCCGUGUUGUCUGCGCAUGAGGUGUAUUGACCAGGAACGGAACCUGGGCUUCCUGCAUGGAAGGUGAAAAUUGUAUUACUGAACCACCACUGCUGCCUCUCUUUUAAUACUAUGUUCUUUGAAAGGGAACUGACCCGUGAGUUUUUUCAUGUGCUGCUAUAUUAGAGUGGUUCAAGCUUUUUAAAAUCUAGUAGCUUUCUGAAGUGUUUUCAAGUGAGUAAUUCAUUCAGCAAACAGUUGCUGCGUUUCUGUUAUGUGUUGGGGGCACAGCGAUGAGCCAGGCCCAGUUCUUAACCUUGAGGAUCUCAACAGGCAAGAGAAGACAUCGAAGUGGGUGGUCCCAACACUGAAAGGCAGCAUAGCAUAGUGGGAAGAGCUUGGACUCUGGACUCGGGGUCAGAGUUCAAAUCCAGCCCUGCAGCUUGCCAGCUGUGUGGCCUUAAUCAAACUUGGAGCCAAGUACUUGACCCUUAGGAAGUACCAAAAGGAUGUUAGCCUUCAGAGAAUUUUAGUCUUUAAAGGCACCCUGUCUUUAUCUCCGCAAGCUGGGCUGGGCCAUGUGCUGGUCUCCGUGGAGAGCCCUUUCUUCUCCACUGGCUUUCUGGGCAGUCGUUACUGCACUCCCCAGCGCCUUAUAGUGUUCACCCUCUGCCUGCCUGCCAUCCCUGGGCACCUUUCCUCUCCACCCUCACCUUUCCACCUGCUGAUGCUGCCAUUCCACCUGACUAAAGACAAAGCGAAUUUUAUUUUAGCCAUUAUUGACAGACAUCUUUUGAAAUAUUCCUCACGUUUCAGUCUUCUUUAAGGAGACAUGUUCAUUGAGCACCUACUGUGUGCCAGCAGCUUUUUCACAUUGUCAUUUCAUCCGCACUGCCUGGAGGCUGAUGUUAUUUGUUAUUAUCUUUAUUAUCUAUAUGUUAUCUAUCUAUCUAAUCUAGCUAGCUGUCCUUCCUCAUCCUGCACACUGGGGAAACUGAGACACAGGAGCAAAGCCUCUUGCCAAUUACAUAGCCAGGAAGGAGCAGAUCUUGGGGUUGAAACCAGACUGGUUGGGCCCCUGAGUCUUUGGCUCUUCCACGAACUCCUGUAGACUCGUGGAGCAAGAAGCAUCAGGGAUCUUCACUGCUUUCACUUACUUGUAUGUUCAGGGGUUAUUGAUAGAGUUGGUUUGUUCCUGAAAUUCCUGGUCCCACACCAUAUGUGCUUUGAGGUUUUAUACCUGUUUUUUACUGUUGCCCCAUUCUUUUCAUAACCCCCAUGUUUGUAUGGGUUUUACCCAGCUUAGUUAGAUUGAACACCCAUGACACCCAGGGACUCCACUGGGGGCUAAGCUUUCUACAAAUCAAACCUCCAUGACCUUACCGGAUGACCACAGACAAGACAGGGCUUAUCGUUCCUGUUUUACGGAUGGGAAAACCUCUCUCAUAUGUUUUAGUGGACUCAAGUAGUCCCACGGCUUUUUUCUCCAGUGCACUUUGUGUGCUGGUUGGUGAGACGCCCCUGGCCCCCAUGACCGCCCCCUUCCAGAUGACUCUUCCCCCACCCCCAGCCUCAGGAGACUAUUCCCUCUACACCAAGUACCUCCCUUGCCCAGUGACCUUCACCAGCAUUUCCCAAAGUAUAUUUCUAGAAAUACUAGUUUUACAAGAUGUUGAUAGAUUUUCAGAAAGCAAAAUAAAAGGAGGGCAUAUAUGUGAAA